AUGCGUGACAUCCAAAGGCGGGCAUUCACUCCGAGCUCUGCUUUCGCAAUCCGCGAAGCGUCGCAAUACAUCAGGUCACACCAGAAGCCCAACUACUCUGAAUUAUUUGACCGAGACACCCCCGGAGAUGAACAAAAUCAUUUCUACAGGUUGCAAAACACGCUGCUUUCAGCGGAUUCAACCAUCGACCUGGACGGUGCGAGCGGCAUCGAUAACCGUCUGCUCAUAAUGCCUGCGUACACCUCCCGGCCGCACAACUUGGCCUCACCCAAAAUAGAGAAGGGAAGGCAUCCGGAGGAAGGAUAUCCUGCCCCUACUUCAAGUGGUAAUCCAAGGAGAUGUCAAACGAGCGUCGGGGACAACAACAGCCUCGACGACCACAUGCGGGUCCUGGAGCCUUGCCCCGCCAUGGACUUUCAGCCAGGUCAGGAAUUCAUUCAUAUCGCUUAG